AUGGAGACCACACCCCUGAAUGCUCCGCCCGCGGCCUGCAAGGACAAGGACGGAGAGGACUGCCGGGGCAGCGGGGUGCCGCGGAAGGGCGUGGCGGGCGACAAGGCGGAGCCCGGCCAGCUGUCCAAUGGGUACUCGGGGGUGCCCGGCCCUGGUGCGGGAGACGACGCUGGCCACGCUAUCUUGGCAGCCACGACCACGCUGGAGGCGGAGGCUCAUCCAGGAGAGCGGGAGACCUGGGGCAAGAAGGUGGACUUCCUCCUCUCGGUCAUCGGUUACGCCGUGGACCUGGGCAACGUGUGGCGCUUCCCCUACAUAUGUUACCAGAACGGAGGCGGAGCGUUCCUCCUCCCCUACACCAUCAUGGCCAUUUUUGGGGGGAUCCCACUCUUUUACAUGGAGCUUGCGCUGGGCCAGUACCACCGAAAUGGAUGCAUUUCCAUAUGGCGGAAAAUCUGCCCGAUUUUCAAAGGGAUCGGCUUUGCCAUCUGCAUCAUUGCCUUCUACAUCGCCUCCUACUACAACACCAUCAUGGCCUGGGCCCUCUACUACCUCAUCUCCUCCUUCACGGACCAGCUGCCCUGGACCAGCUGCGAGAACUCCUGGAACACUGGCAAUUGCACCAACUACUUCUCAGAGGACAACAUCACCUGGACGCUCCACUCCACAUCCCCUGCUGAGGAGUUUUACACGCGCCACGUCUUGCAGAUCCACCGGUCUCAGGGGCUCCAGGCCCUGGGGGGCAUCAGCUGGCAGCUUGCCCUCUGCAUCAUGCUGAUCUUCACUGUUAUCUACUUCAGCAUCUGGAAAGGUGUCAAAACAUCUGGCAAGGUGGUGUGGGUGACGGCCACUUUCCCCUACAUCAUCCUGUCCAUCCUGCUGGUGAGGGGGGCCACCCUCCCUGGAGCCUGGAGGGGUGUUCUCUUCUACCUGAAACCCAACUGGCAAAAGCUCCUCGAGACAGGGGUGUGGGUGGACGCUGCUGCUCAGAUCUUCUUCUCUCUCGGGCCGGGCUUUGGGGUCCUGUUGGCCUUUGCCAGCUACAACAAAUUCAACAACAACUGUUACCAAGAUGCCCUGGUGACCAGUGUGGUCAACUGCAUGACCAGCUUCGUUUCUGGAUUCGUCAUCUUCACGGUGCUUGGGUACAUGGCAGAGAUGAGGAACGAAGAUGUGUCUGAGGUGGCCAGAGACGCAGGCCCCAGCCUCCUCUUCAUCACGUAUGCGGAAGCCAUAGCCAACAUGCCAGCAUCCACUUUCUUUGCCAUCAUCUUCUUCCUGAUGUUAAUCACACUGGGCUUGGACAGCACGUUCGCAGGCUUGGAGGGGGUGAUCACGGCCGUGCUGGAUGAGUUUCCACAUAUCUGGGCCAAGCGUCGGGAGUGGUUCGUGCUCCUUGUGGUCAUUACCUGCUUCUUUGGCUCCCUGAUCACCCUGACUUUUGGAGGUGCCUACGUGGUGAAGCUGCUGGAGGAGUACGCAACAGGGCCGGCAGUGCUGACCGUCGCGCUCAUAGAAGCAGUCGCUGUGUCUUGGUUCUACGGCAUCACUCAGUUCUGCAGUGAUGUCAAGGAGAUGCUUGGCUUCAGCCCUGGAUGGUUCUGGAGGAUCUGCUGGGUAGCCAUCAGCCCCCUCUUUCUCCUGUUUAUCAUUUGCAGUUUUUUGAUGAGUCCACCACAGCUACGACUUUUCCAAUAUAAUUAUCCCCACUGGAGUAUCAUCCUGGGCUACUGCAUUGGAACUUCAUCUUUCAUCUGCAUCCCCACGUACAUCAUUUACCGGCUGAUUAUCACUCCUGGGACGUUUAAAGAGCGUAUUAUUAGAAGUAUCACUCCAGAAACCCCAACAGAAAUUCCCUGUGGGGACAUCCGCUUGAACGCUGUGUAAGACACUUCCAGGAGAGGAGAAAGGCUUCUCAGCCUCUACUUCCAAUUCCGACACGUCGCACCUCACCCUCUCCCUCCAAGUGGAUGGGUUUCCAGCUAAGCCUGCUGAUAGAAGGGCCUUCAGAGACACAGUCCCAAAAGACUAUGGUGCCCAGACUCUAACGGCUUUCAGCCACUUCUUUCCAUGGAAUCUCCUGGACAUAAUGUCACAUAAGACUGUGACAGAAGCUGAACUGGCCUGUUUGAGGCAUAUGAGGGUGAAUAUGGAGGUGAUGAGAAUCACCUUAUCAGUUAGGAUUAGGUUGAAAAUCAAGUCUGUAAAAGUCUGCUCUACCAUUUCUUGUUAUAAUCAUGGAUACCUGACAUCUGUUUAUUUCUAAAGGUUUCACUGUUCAUGAAUGCAUAAACCAGGUAGGAGAAAACAGGGAUGCUGUCUUGUUAGCCAUAUAUUUUCAGAGUAGCAUAGAAUUCUAUAGCUGGAAUCUGCUAGAAUCCUCUAAUCCAUAUGCUACUGUGGAGUCAGGAAAGGAAGAUGUAAAAACUAAACAAACAUAAUGUGUACGUGUAAGCACAUGUGUCUGUGUACAUUGUUGUUUCCGUGUACUCUUAUCUCUAUUCCAGUACUUUGGGCCCAUUACAAACGAUGUGAAUUUCCUCUAAUUGUUUUUAACAUUAACAAA